AUGGAUAACGUUGCAUUUCAUCUUAAAGAUUUCGUCGAAAAAGGGGAUUAUCAUUCCGCGGUUCAAUCCAUUGCCCACACUAUGCGUCGCUGCGAGGAGAACUUCUACAUUGACGCCUUUCAGUUUAAUGCGUACUCUCUAAGUUGGCUCAAUAUGCCCUUGCAUUUUGCCAGACUUCGAAAUAUUGUUUCAAGUAGCAACCACAUCGAUCGAUUCGUAUCCACUCUGCAACUCAUAUCGAUGCUCGAUUUUUCUAUAUUACACCUCCUUGCGGACGAGAGCGGUCGAACUCCUGCUAAUCUUACUGCAGCUUUAGAUGAUCCCCGCUUGACUUCUUUUAUUAACGCUCCAACACGUUCAAUUCUCAAAAUUUUAUUCGGACCUGUGACUUCUCUUAAUCUACACAACCUCUUUUGGCAUGGAUUUGUUUCCCCUAUCGACUUCAAAAAUGAGGUUCCUGUGUGUUUGCUAUACUUUCUCUUUGCUCUAGUUCUGUCGAUAGAUGAACAACUACUGAGUACUUUUAAUAAACCUGCGGUUGCUGACUCCAAACUCCCUGAAUGCUUUAAGUCAUUCUCCACAGAACUGUUACCCAAUGACAAUUAUUCACCAUUUCUCCGGGAACCUGAAAAUUUAAAUCCCGUUUUCUUGAGACCCUUUAUCGACUUGUUUAUGACGCGCCGGUAUUUUGACGCAACCUGCCUCGGAGUGCUCUGUAUUGCCUCGGUGCUUCGAAAUGAAUUUUGUCGGGUGGUAAACUGGCCCGAGGGUGUACUCGCCUCUGAAAAUAGGGUUUUUCUAACUUUGGAUGGUAUACUUAAAAUGCGGCUACAAAAGUCUACUCUGGGACCCAUUCACUUGGAGGAGUGGAAGAAUUUCGGGCAGUGUAUUGGACCCAUCAAUUUGCUUCUCCUUGGUGGUGUGUUUUGCGCAGAGGAAGGACCUCUCCUAAGGCGUCGGCUGGCUCACGGUGAACUCUUUGAAACGUCUGUAUCCGAUUGCGUCAUUUGGGAAGGCGUUGCGCGACGUUUAAAGUUUUGUAUUUUUCUGCUACUUAACCAUAUGAGAGGGGGUAAUACAGCCUUGGUCAUCCGUGAUCUCGACGUUAGGCCAGACACAUUCAGUCUGCUUGCUCGUUAUGCGGUAGCCGCAUGUGGAUUGUGGUCCGCUUGGGCCUCUUUUUUCCGAGUGUUUGCAGAAUUGGAUCAAGUGCAGCAACCGCGAAAACUCCUUUUGCAUAGGGCUCAACUUUGGUUUCCGGGGCUACCUGAAAGGAGUGAUAUUUCACUUCAUUCAGUAGAGGAUGCUAGUGAGUUCUUACCUACAGUGGAUAUGUCUCGGUUGUGGCUGUGGAAAGCCCACUACGUAUGUGGUCGUAAUGCCCGCCAUCACAAUGGCAACCACAGUCCUUUCAAGAUUGUCCAGCAACUUGUCAGAAUAAUGCAAAACUUGGAGACCUGUUCAAAGCUCGCUUUCGACCAGUACUCUAUCUUCAGCUCGUUUUCUAGCAGGUGUGAGAAAGAGAUAGACAGUGCUAGUAGGUUCUGCCAAGUCGUUGUGCCACAAUUACUGGCCGUGCUUUCCAUUCUUGUGCUCUGCUGCUGCCAUAAGGCAGGAAUAUGGAACACCUGGUUUGCGGGUUGUUUCAUCGCCAAUGACUCCGAUACAAUCGACCUUCCCGAUUUGCCAAAAAACAGCUACGUACUUCUAAACACGUUUUCCAUCCUUGCGGCCAAGCUAACUUCGGUGCUGGGAGCUGCAAAUAAUAAAAGUUUUGAAAAUACCUUGCUGAAAUUUAUGAUUCCACUCCCGUAG